GGAGUCAAGAGGGAUUCUCAGUAAGUCUGACACGCUGCUGAGCCACAUGAUGACGCACAAUCACAGAGAAGAAUCUCGCUGGGGGGGCACUUACAUGAGCACGGCCUGCACGUUUGUCUUCAGCAGAGGCUCCUGAAGGAGCAUGUCAAACUUUCCAGAGACUAUUAAAGCGCAUGAGAAGAGGUGCGACACCAGGACAGAUCAGGAAACUGUCGCACAGCAUCACCAUGAGAGUGAUAGAAGUUGAAGAGUUCCUGAGAAAUCCUCCGGCCGGUUUCACCGUGGAGACUCUGCCCUCGGCCUCCGGGUACCGAGUCAACAGCGACCCGGAGAGCAGCCUGGUGCUCAUCGAUGACAUGAACUCCAACAGACAGGGAAUCGUUUUCCAGAAGUCGAUGGGAAGUAAGGUGAAGAUGCACAAUUUAUUUGAGUACACCAGCAUGAGAAACAGUCUUCUGUCCAAGAGGAUCUAUCUGCUGGUGUCUGCCUAUGAAGGGACCAAAAAAAAAAAGAAAGUGAAAGCGAGAGGUCCAGUGCUGAAGCAGUUUGUGGUGUCCAUCGACGGCAGCGAUCCGUUCAUCAAGUGGCAGUUGGAGAAAGGCCUGGACAAGACCAUCUCCUCCGUUAAUGGGGAAAGCUACAGAGUGGAAAUUGAUUUUACGGAUUUGCUGGAGAGCUGGGCUGCAAUAAACAUCCAUCGCAUAACUGACCGACAGAUUCAAGGCACACCUGUGUGGAAAGACAACUCCUUCACCCUCAAAUACUAUUCGGAUGCUUUCUUUGACUUCCCACACUGGUUUGGGUUGAGCAAAAGAAAGUUUUCUUUGAAAGUGACGUGAGACAGCGGUGGAUGGAGCGCAAGACUAAAUGAAUUUGAUCCACUCAGUUUUUAAUGGAGUCUGGGUCUCCAGAAAGUUUCUUGAUCAGCAGACGCAUGGUUGUAAACUGCCAGGUGAAGGACCAGCUUACUCUUGGGAUUGCACUAUCCUUAUCAUUGAUGAUUGGUCCAGAGGGUGGACGACACGCACAAAUAAAUUCUAAAUGCCAUGAAGAUUAUUUUAGAAUAUUUUCUGUGUACAUAAACAAAUUGUAGGUGUUUUUGUGUAUAAAUUAUACUGCACCGGAUGAAAGAUAAAUGUGUUGUCGCCAUGACGUGGCACAGGACGCACUCAAACGAUAAUUGUAUAUUACACACACAUACAUAUAUAGAUAUAUAUAUAUUUCUUAUAACAAAUGUCAAUCUGUGUAAUCUUGGGAUUGCAUUAUCCUUAUAAUUGCUGUUUGGUUCAGAGGGUGGACCAGACUAACGAAUAAAUUCUGAAUGUUGUGAAGAUUAUUUUUGAAAUAUUUUUUUUAAAUGUAGGUGUUUUUUGUGUGUAAAUAUACUGCACUUUACUGAUCUAUGAGCGGUCUAACGGGUCAAAUCUAUGCUAACGAGAUUAAAAGGUUUAUAGACUUUUUCUACCAAAGAAUCAGCAUUUGUAUUAUAAGACGUUUUUAUUUUUAUCAAACACAAUAAAGGAUCUUAAACAAAAGAAAACCCAGUGUUUUUAAUUCAGUAGUAAUCAGAUGAAAGAUAAAUGUGUUGUCGCAGUAAAAUGAUAAUUAUAUAUAUACUUCUUAUAACAAGUGUAAUUUUGGGAUAUAUUCUUAUAAUUGUUUGGUUCAGAGGGUGGACGAGACUAACAAAGAAAUUCAAAAUGAUCUUUUACAAAAGAAAAC